CAAAGCCCAGUAACUAACCGAAUGUGAUCUCAAGCGAUUAAAACCUGCUAAUACAUCGUAUUGCCGAUAGCAGAAUAUGGCAGAUGAACGUAAUUUCCGUUCAACCUACUAUGAAAAGGUUGGCUGCCGCGGAGUGGAAGAACGGAAAUCGCUAGAAAUUCUGCUGAAAGAGAAACCUCUCAACCUGACCAAGCUGACACAGUUCUGUAUUCGGUUCACCGUACCCAAAAUACAUCGUACCGUGCUAUGGAAUUCGCUACUUGGAGUCACACCGGUAUAUGAUAAAUCCCGGGACUACGUGAUGGAGCAACGAGUGGCCGUGUAUAACGAUCUACUGAAGGCACUGAAAACCAUGCGAAUAAUCGAUGAGAAUACUCCAACCUGUAGGGUGCUGUAUGCAAUGUGGCUGCUGGAGAAAAAACAAUUGUAUCUGGGCCGGGACAUUACUCAAGAAAGUCAUUUCUGCAACAUCACGAAAGUGCUGUUAGAAAUUUUUGAUAAUGACAUCGAAACGUACUGGAUGGCGAAAAGUCUGUACGAUUACUCCGAGGAGGUGUCGCUGGAAAUGGGCAAACUUUCCGAUCUGACCUACACAAUACUGGAGAAGGAAGAUAAUGGAUUGUACAUCCAUUUAAAGUCCUGUGAUAUGUUAACCGCACUGCCACUGUCCGACUGGUACCGAUCAUUCUUUGCCGGUGUGCUGUCGGAACCGGCAUUGAUUCGCAUAUGGGAUAAGAUCUGUGGCGGAGCGAUCAAAAUCGUAGUUUUCGUGAUGAUCGAGAUACUUCGCAUGUUACGUCGACGGGUGCUCCGUUGUGUGGAUCGAAAGAGUCUCUUCGAAUGUAUCGACAGUAUCAAAAACGAACAGGAAACGGCCGACAUGAUCGUUAACGGGGCGAUCGAGCUGUGGCAGCAGAACAAGGGCCAUGAAUAUAUCCCGCAGUCAAAGGUGAAAACACUCAGUUAGUCAGCGAAAAUGUGCAACCACUC